CGGAGCGCUCUUCUACCUUCUUUGCCAGCCCAGGCUCUCCCAUCCCUGCCUGCAACAGCUCGGUGUGCUUUUCGUGUUUCAUUGCCCUGUCGCGCAGAGUCGCUGCCGCUGCGGAGUGGGUGUUCGGUUUUCGGGUCGUCAUGGCUGGCUACGAAUACGUGAGCCCGGAACAGCUGGCGGGCUUUGACAAGUACAAGUACAGUGCGUUGGAUACCAACCCGCUCUCUCUGUAUGUCAUGCAUCCAUUUUGGAACGCUAUAGUGAAGGUAUUUCCUACGUGGCUGGCACCCAAUCUCAUAACCUUUUCUGGCUUUAUGCUGGUUGUGUUCAAUUUUCUACUCCUGACAUACUUCGAUCCUGACUUUUAUGCUUCAGCACCAGGUCACAAGCAUGUACCUGAUUGGGUCUGGAUUGUUGUGGGCAUCCUCAACUUUGUUGCCUACACUCUAGAUGGAGUGGACGGAAAACAAGCACGGAGAACCAAUUCCAGCACCCCUUUAGGGGAGCUGUUUGACCAUGGCCUGGAUAGUUGGUCAUGUGUUUACUUUGUUGUGACUGUGUACUCCAUCUUUGGGCGAGGCCCGUCUGGUGUCAGUGUUUUUGUUCUUUAUCUCCUGUUAUGGGUAGUUUUGUUUUCUUUUAUCCUGUCUCACUGGGAGAAGUACAACACAGGCAUUCUUUUCCUGCCAUGGGGAUAUGACAUUAGCCAGGUGACUAUUUCUUUUGUCUACAUAGUGACUGCGGUUGUGGGAGUUGAGGCCUGGUAUGAACCUUUCCUGUUUAAUUUCUUAUAUAGAGACCUAUUCACUGCAAUGAUUAUUGGCUGUGCAUUAUGUGUGACUCUUCCAAUGAGUUUAUUAAACUUUUUCAGAAGUUAUAAAAGCAACACCCUGAAACACAAUUCCGUUUAUGAAACCAUGGUCCCCUUGUUCUCUCCGUGUUUGCUCUUCACUUUGUCUACAGUGUGGAUCCUCCGGUCACCUUCAGAUAUCUUAGAACUACACCCUAGAACGUUCUACUUCAUGGUUGGAACCGCUUUUGCCAAUAUCACAUGUCAGCUAAUCGUUUGCCAAAUGAGCAGCACACGGUGCCCGACUUUGAACUGGUUGCUGCUUCCUCUCUUCUUGGUUGUGGCAACAGUGAUCAUAGGCGCAGCGAGCUCCCACCUUGAGAGUGUUCUCCUUUACACGCUCACAGCUGCCUUCACUCUGGGUCACAUCCACUAUGGAGUACAAGUGGUAAAGCAGCUGAGCAGCCAUUUUCAGAUUUACCCUUUUUCAUUGAGGAAACCAAACUCAGAUUGACUAGGAAUGGAAGAAAAGAGCAUCGGCCUGUAAUCUUCCAAAAGGACUGUAAAUAGAUGCCUGUAAAUACUUCAUCACCAUUGAACUAAACUGGUCUGCUUGACAGAAUGGGACCUCAGCGUGGGGUACGUGGACAGCAGGAAUGACACAUGAACUGAGCUGAGCGUGUGGAAAAGCGCAGUGAACGCUAAGCCAGCUAAGUGUUCCCAGCUUCAGGAGUCUAUGAUAUUUUGACUCAUACAGAGUUGAAGAUGAUUUAUGUUUACGCUUAAAGUCCCCAGAUUGAUUCAGGAACACUAAUAACAUUCGGGUAGCCACAGCAUGUCUUAAUAUUGGAUACUUUAUCAUAGGUCUUUAGCUGUAGGAAUGACAGACAGCCCAAAUAUCAUGCAGAGAAGCGUCAAAAAAGUCUCUUCAGCCAGAGAUACCAGUGACUCCAGAGCAGUGUGCAGUUGCCAAAUCCUGGUUGCUCUCCAGUGAACUGCCUUUUCCACCUGCUGUGGGAGGCUGCCUAGUAUCCUGGCUGUUAUUACGGCUAAAUCCUGAUAAAUAAUUUUUCUUUGAGAGCGAAAUGUUCUGGUGUUACUUAGUAGAGAAUAGGUUGUAAUUUCAGCUCACCAUUGUAGCACAGGUCACUGUUCAAUUGUGGUACUUCCUCCUGUCAGCCGUGAGUCGCUAGGAUUGAGCCAUGAUUUUUAAGAAUGCAUGGGAUAGUUCUAAGCUUGUGGUACUUCCUUGUGAGAAUGUACAUAAAGUACCUUGAGAGAGAUUUAAACUGGAGUUAGGAGUCUCAGAACUUCAAGAUGACCAUGGUUAGCAUCCUGCCACUGUCUGCCCAAUCUUCGCUUGUUUUCAUUUCUCCUGGGGGUGAGAUGCUGUGGUUUUUAAUCCCACACAGGAUAAAGCAGAGAGAGCCUCUCUGCCCUAACUUGCUCAGCUCCUUAUUUGAGGAGAACUUUUGAUAUAUAUGCCUUGCUGGGUAUUCACUCCCUUAAUAUGACUCAAAAUAAUUUGUGAGGUUUACUGACAACAUAAAAGUCCCUUUAGCUGUAUUGUGGUUUUUCUGUAAGUCACACCUUUUUAUGAAUGUGGAUGUUUCUUUCUUUGGGCUUUGUCUUUAUUUAGUUUGGUGGUGGUGAAAUUUACUCGCUGAUUUACUUUUUACUGAAUGAGGUUUGUGCUUAAAUGAAGAGUGUGUCUUAAACCCUUUUAUUUGGACAGGUUGCACUUGGAUAAAAUAGGCACCACUGUGUUGAUAUGUAAUUAAAUUUGUAACUGUUAUUUAUCUGUCAGUGUGACCAUCCUUAAAUGUUGUAGCUCAUUCCUUUGUUGAAUAUCUGUCUGCUGCUUUGUAAAAAGUAACUAAUUGAUACUUCACGUAAAUAUUUUUAAAUUCUAAUCAUUGUCAUCCAGGCUGUUGAAAAUGAGCCCAGGAGCUAACUCACAGUUCUGUGCUCAGAGUUAACCGUUUGCAAGGCUUACGUGUAUUUGGGGACGUUCUCUGACACAGAGAAUGAGGUGCACGGCAUGGGUGGUGAUUCUGGGUUUGUAAAUAAAUUGCCGUCACGGAGGUGAGAGAAUGA